UAUUAUGCCUAAAUUCACUGUUGUCAAUCUGAAGCCUCCAUGUGAUCGCGAGCAACACGCGGGAAACAAGCUCGAUUCAUUACUGAGCCUCAGAUUUAUAUCCGUAUUCACGCAUCUGUGUUUAUAUGUUAUUACAUUUCUCCACUGGUUUCUUUGAACAAAGGUGAUGCUGACCUCUAAACUGCUGACCCUGGUGCUGGUAGUGCAGCCCGGCCGGGUGUUACUGGGCAUGAAGAAAAGAGGCUUUGGAGCGGGCAAAUGGAAUGGGUUUGGAGGGAAAGUCCAGACAGGAGAGACCAUAGAGCAGGCUGCCAGAAGGGAGCUGCUAGAGGAAAGUGGCCUCACUGUUGACAGCCUCCACAAGAUUGGAAAUAUCAAAUUUGAGUUUAUUGGGGAAACAGAACUGCUGGAUGUCCACAUUUUCAGAGCCGACACCUAUAAAGGAGAGCCAACCGAAUCAGACGAGAUGAGGCCACAGUGGUUUGACAUAGAUAAAAUACCUUUCAGCCAGAUGUGGGCAGAUGACGUCCUGUGGUUCCCGCUGAUGCUUCAGAAAAAGAAGUUCUUGGGAUAUUUCAAAUUCCACGGUCAUGAUGUGAUAGUGGAGCAUAAACUGGACGAGGUGGAUGAUGUUUGAUUGGAGUUUUAAUACCAUUGAUGGACAUUGUCACUGUAUCAGUGGAAAUUAUCCAGCAAAAUCUGAUGUUCACACUACUGAAUACGUCUUCAUGGAGCACGACAUGCAUAAGAAAAUAACGUUAUCCAUUAGUUUGAUGUUCCAUUUAUAUUUUGGUUGAAUCCUCAGAUGCAUCAUGAUCUGUAUUCUGAUAUGUUUUGUUUUUACCUGUUUCUUUGUUCCUCAUUCCUACAACUGAUUUUCCAUCAGUAUACACACACAAAAUAAACUUUAAUAAAGUUCUUUCAUCUUCAAA